GUAUUACAUAUAAAAAUAAUUUGCGUAAUUCUAGAACAGUUUAACGGCCAACACGGCUCGCAAGAAUUACCAAGAAAUCAAACGAUCACCUAGAUGUAGACUAGAAGUUUUUUUUUAAUGUUCUUUAAAGUUUGCUAACAUUUUUUGGGCAAUACUCUAUCAAGAUGGUUAUUGAUAAUGCAGCUGUUAAGCGUGAAAUGCUGAAAGGAUCAUACAGAACAACUCAAGCCGAUCCAAGAUUUCCUAAUCAAAAUCAAACUAGGCAUUGUUACCAGCAUUAUGUUGAUUUUCAUCGUUGCGAAAAAAAGAAGGGUAAAGGAAAUGACCUUUGUAAAAAAUUCAAGAAGGAUUACCAAAUCAUGUGUCCAAAUGCUUGGAUUGAAAGAUUUGAUACACAAAUCGCUGAGAAUAGAUUUCCAGGAAAAAUUUAAGUUAUAAAAAUUAUUCGUGUAGAAUUAUGUUAAAAUUUAUCAAUAUUAUAAAAAAAAGUCGAAUCUUUUUCUGCUUGUAUAAUUAAUUUCAGUUAAAUAAAUUUAAAAAAUAAAAAAAAAAUA